CUGGCGCUGAUACGGAGAACUAAAUGUAUCGCGAAUGUGAAGUGCAGAGCACUAUCAAUUCACAUCUGGAUCCGUGAAACUUAUGAGGCGUUAUAUGGACCAUGAUCAGUAAGAUGGCUCCUAUGGAUCUUUGCACAAGCUCACCGUGGUGGUGCGUAGUCUCGCCUGAAGCAGAGACUCGCGUGUAUCAUUCCAGUGGACCGGAAAGACGGUACAAGGGAACCAGUGCUGGAUUAUCGCCCAGAAACAAAAAGUAUCACCAUCUAGAACGUCAAAGCGAUGCGGGAAAUCUGCAUGGUCUUCAUAGAAACUCUCACCGAGACUCUGCACGUUUCAUUAUCUCGCAGUUAGAGCACGAAAAAGCGAAGUGUUCCUACGUGUACAAGAGCAUUGUUCAAGAGCCCAGACCCCCUUAAAGAAGUCGUGAAGAAGAUCAAAUGCAGGGACGCUUGGUUGCUAGACCAAGAUUAUGGUGAACUGCAGUGGGUCGUCGUGCAGUGCUUAGUUGCCUGAAUCGGGUCUUCCAGAGUGGAAGCUCCUUCAGGUUGAUCGUCAAAGUCUACUCUCAUCGAACGCGCAGUAUGAAAGAAGCG